ACUAAGCGGUGAAACUGAGGGGCUGAGAAACGCCCUUAAAGGAAUCAGAGGGAGUGAGGGAGUGAGUGAGAGAGAAAGAGAGAAGAUAGUUAUCAGAGGAGACCAAUUACAAUUGUAAAGAGAGAGAGAGAGAGAGAGAGAGAGAGAGAGAGAGAGAGAGAGAGAGAGAGAGAAGGAGGGAGAAAGGGAAAUAAAAAAAGAAUAGAAACUGCAGAAAGACAAAAACGUGCAUUGCCUGGUUCUCAACAGGGCGAAAGAAAUUAAAACAAGAAGGUUUUUUUUUCAGAGUUUUGUAAUACUAAUUAUAAACAUAUACAUAUACAUAUACAUAUAGUGUGUUUUAACGUUGUGCUCCAAAUCGCCGAUCAUGACGGCAGCUGUGGACAUGAAGCCGACGUUAAUGAUCAUAAAGACCGAAAAGGCGGAAGAACUGGAAUGCGGAGAUGUUCCCUUGCUCACACCCGGCAGUAAAGAGAUGAUGUCACAAGCCCUAAAGGCUACAUUUAGCGGAUUCACCAAGGAGCAGCAGCGGCUCGGAAUCCCCAAAGACCCCCAUCAGUGGACACAGAGCCACGUGGCGGAGUGGCUGACGUGGACGGCGAACGAGUUCAGCUUGAAGGACCUGGAGUUUCACAAGUUCUGCAUGAACGGCGCCAUGCUCUGUGCGCUGGGGAAGGAGCGCUUCUUAGAGCUCGCCCCAGACUUCGUAGGAGACAUUCUCUGGGAGCAUCUGGAGAUGCUGCAGAAAGAAGACGCGAAGCAUUUUCCUGUCAGCGGAUUAAGCUCCACUUUCCCAGAGUCGCGCUACUCCUCGGAUUACUUUGCUAGUUAUGGUAUUGAGCAUGCCCAGUGCGUGCCUCCCUCAGAGUACUCGGAGCCCGGUUUCAUCACAGAGUCCUACCAGACCCUGCACCCAAUCAGCUCCGAGGAGCUGCUGUCUCUGAAGUACGAGAGCGAUUACCCCUCUGUGAUCCUGCGCGACGCCCCGCUCAACCCGCUGCAGGGAGACUACUUCUCCGUCAAGCAGGAGGUCAUCUCCCCGGACAACAUGUGCGUGGGCCGCAUCAGCCGAGGGAAGCUAGCCGGACAGGACUCAUUGGAGAGUAUCGAGAGCUUUGACAGCUGUGACCAUCUCACGCAGUCCUGGAGCAGCCAAUCGUCAUUCAGCAGCCUGCAGCGCGUGCCGUCCUACGACAGCUUCGACUCGGAGGACUACCCCAGCACCGUGCACGGCCACAAACCCAAAGGCACCUUCAAGGACUACGUGAGGGAGAGAGCCGACCUCAACAAGGACAAGCCUGUCAUCCCAGCCGCUGCACUCGCCGGCUACACAGGUAGCGGACCCAUCCAGCUCUGGCAGUUUCUGCUGGAGCUGCUGACGGACAAGUCGUGUCAGUCCUUCAUCAGCUGGACGGGGGAUGGCUGGGAGUUCAAACUCUCCGACCCCGAUGAGGUAGCCAGACGAUGGGGAAAACGGAAGAACAAGCCCAAGAUGAACUACGAGAAGUUGAGUCGAGGCCUGCGCUAUUACUAUGACAAAAACAUCAUCCACAAGACGUCAGGGAAGCGAUACGUGUACCGCUUCGUGUGUGACUUGAAAAGCCUGCUGGGGUACACGCCCGAGGAGCUGCACGCCAUGUUGGAUGUGAAACCGGACGUGGAUGAGUGAAACUGAGCGGAGGUGGGGUGGGGGGGGAGGUGUACGAAGGAAGGACCAGACUGAAGGCUUUACUGACAGAUUGGUGGGUGCGGUGGGAUUGAGUCUUGAGUUGCUUUUUUUUUUUUAAUGCAGAGCUGUUUGUCAAUUUACUUUCUGAGCUUUUCAAAAAGAAAAAGGGGUCAUUCCGUACACGUGCGACAAAGACAAACGUCCCCUCCAAAAAAUUGCAGCUCAAGACAGAGACAAAUGAAAAGCUAGCAAUUAAAAAAAUUAAUUAAUUUAAAAAAAAAAAAAAAAAAAAAAAAAAGUUUGAACAGUUUUGCUUUAAUAGCACGAGUAACUGACAUGGAAACAAGACAGAAGAGGGAGGAGAGGAUUCUGGGAUGGAAAAAAGAUGGACGGAAAUGUCCUGCUACGAAAACUGUUGCCAAAUAAAAUGAACUAUAUAGGUAUAUUAUCUGUGUUUGUUGUUGCUGUCUCACUCACUGACCCUCUGUCCAUGUGAACAAAGGGGAACAAUUCUCAUCACUUGGGACCAAAAAAAAAUGUAAUUUUUAAUUAUUGUUAUUAUUAUUAUUAAUAUUAUUAUUGUCAUUUUAUACAAGUCUGUGCCAGUAUUCCUAUUGUGUCUUAAGCUCAUGUCUAAACUGAAUUCAGUAUUGUAUUUUUGUGGCCAAGUUAUCCGUGUGUACGUUUUUUACAUAGAUGAAGGUAAAUGUAUAUUAGACCCCAUCGAAAAAGGAUUUUUUACAAACCACAAUGUAAGUACAUCUCCUUAAGACUGGAGAUGGAGAAGGAAUGAGAAAUUCUGUGCACAGAGCUGGAUAAUGGUUCAUUUUUAAAGGGUAAACCACCCGAUUGUUCUUGUACAACACUGGAGUCAAUGACGCAUAGUAUUGGCCACUUAUUUGCAUAGAGGUGUCCACUCCCAUCAACUUAAAAGCACUCGCCACCUCAUACCAAAAGCAACUGGUUUAGAUAAAUCGAAAGUCUCGGAUAAAAAUCUACCUGACUUCUGUAACAGCAGCAACUGACAGAGCCACCUGCUCUCCGUGUGAAAGGUUUUACUGCAAAAAGUAGCAACGUGCAGACAUCGAAAGGCAUUAAUAAAGAGUAGCCAGUCAGAUCUGUACAUGUCUGUUUGCUGGAGUUCUACCAGAUUGUAUUGUGCUGUUGCACGCUGGCCCUGUGUGCAGGAUUGCUAAACAUGUCAUAAUGAUCUGCAAAAUGUGCUUUCUUAUAUUCCUAUUGAGAGUGUUAUUUUUUUUAAAUAAAAUUGCUACAAAACUAUCCCUUUUAAGGAAUGUCUGCCCCGCUUUGUCUAAAAAAUUGAGCUUUGAUUUCUUUUUAUUUUACGUUAACGCAUAGAACUCUCCACACACUGCUAGAGAUUGCAGCGAAUGCAAGGGGUACAGGAGAGCUAAUUAUAGUGAAGCACACUGUCACAAACUACUGAACUGUUGGAAAACAGAUCCCAAAUCAAGGCUUGUGUCGUCUUGCAUUCAUUCUCCAGCUUUGUUUUUCAGUGUUUCGCAUUCAGCUUGUCAUGUUUUGAGAAGUCUGAUUUAUUAUACCUCUGGAAAUGAUGGACAUUGUAAAACAGUAACUAGUAAAUGAUGGGUUAAGAUGGGACUGAAGGAGUUCUGAAUGUUGUUUUUAUGGUCCUGACUGUGUCACGGUAUCUAUAAGCUGAUCGGUUAGUUAUUUGUUGUAAAAUAAAGAGAUUUUGAGUGCUGACUAUAUGUUCAUAAAACUUUUAAAUAACUCCUGAGUUUUGUGAAUGGGAUGCAUAGUUUAAACAGAGAGCUUUAGCACGGGAGGGGAUGUAGAACGAUAUAGCUUAAGAGGAUUGAACAAAAAAAAGUUUGUUUAAACAGAGCACCUUAAUGAGGGUAGGUGUUUUUUGAAGAGCUGUUUCAGAAAGAGAGACCGAAUCGUGGACUGAAAACGUUGAUGAAAAAGAGUGGGCAGACAAGGCAGUAGUAGCACUGCAGGCCUUUGAGCGUUUCCACUGACGAGGGAGUUCGCUGAAGCGGCUAUCAAGGAGCACGGCUGUUAACUCCGAGCAGUCAACACUGAGCUGUAGAUCCACUUAGAUAACUGGUCAAACCAACAGAGUGCUGGGGCUGGAUAGUCAUUUUUCUUUUUUUGUAGAGAUUGAAAAUGAAGGUGGAAUGUAGCAGAACAACAUUGUAAAGAAAGUAUUAUAAAAGUGAGGGCGGAUUGGAUUUCAUUGUUUUACUUAAAAAGAUGGGGUCUGUAUACAGUGUGCAGUGCAGGUGACCAGAAUUCUGCUGCAUAAAAUGAAGACAGUUACUUGUCUUAUCUGUCGACUCAAAAGAGACAUUGUUGAUUUGCAAGAUAAAUAUGUGUUAGACUAAGAAAAAAAAAACACGUCUCUGUUUGAGUUAGGAUAACUAAAAUAACUUUCCCAAAAAGGAUUAUUUUUACUUGGUAAUUAUCAUAAUUAUCACCUCUCCAGUUGAAACGCGGUAUUUUUAGUUUGACUAAAACGCACACAUUAGCUCUUAAUGUUUCCCCCCCCCAAGCCGGAACUUGCUCAGGAAUAUCCUUGCUGGACCGCACAGGCCUGUGCUGUUGGGUUGCUAUGGGGGUGACCACUGCUACACUGCUGCAGUGGUGUGACAGUGGCGUUGCUGUGACCUCCUUCUGUGCAACGCCGCAGUUUGGUGUCCUGGACCUCUUGCCUCCCAAUGACAAUCAAACAGGCCUCUCGGUGUCAGCACCUCUGUUGUAGUUAAAACCCCUGUGUCUUCACUCGAAACCUCACAUAGGUAGGAACAGAAAGAAAGUAGCUGAUUCUUCGUACUUUACAAUGGGGUGGAACACUCCAUAAGUAAGCUAGUGAAAGCAAGAAUUCUCGUCACCUCGCAGUAUUUUUAACCAUUCCAAAGAAGUGUUUGUAUUCAAGCAUACUUAUAUAUGUGUUUGUAUACAUCUGUCUACAGUAUGUAUAAUGUACUUAUGUGCAUGUAUGUGUAUGUAGCUGUAUAGAAUCCGGUAGGGUUUGCACUAUAUUGUUACAUUGCGUGUUGCAAGAUGUUUCACCCAAGCUUCCAAAAGUGUGGGGGAGAACCUCAGAACCAAUAUGUUCAAGUUUCUGAGAAUAUCAGACUCUGAAUUGACAGUGCCUGUUUUGAAUUAAGCACACAUAGUGCAUUUUUCUAAACUUUAGCAAUGUGGCUACAUGAAAAUAAAAUGAUUCACGGAAUUAAGCUGAAACUUCUUGCAAUGCUUCGUAUGAAAUAUUGAGUAAACUCUACCACACAUGGAUCAUUCUCAGUGGAACCCUUUUUACAGAUCUAUAUGUAUACCGCAAGGAAGCCAUUAUUUUUGUUGUUGAGAUUAUUUUAUAUGGUUUUGGUUUUGUUGCUGUUGUUUAAUAAGAUCAUUUUUUUUAUGUAUGUGUUUCACAAACUUUCUGAUAUUUUUCAAAUAAUUUAUAUUUUAUAAAAUUUGAAAUAGAGAAGCAGACAAAAAGCUGGUGCUUUAAAUGUAAAAAAAGACCGUUUAAAAAAUGUAGCGACUUUUACUUUUUCUUUUGUAAAUAAAAAAACAAACAAACAAAAAAAAACAGAUUGCCUGUCUGCAAAAUAAUUGUUUUAAAAGAGGCUGAUGCUGGGCCAUCAUUGAAUUUCUGCUGGAAAGUUUUAUAAAACAGUAGUCUUAAAUCUUAUUGUACUUAAAAAAAAACAUGAUAAAAAAAUAUUUCAUAA